CUUGUCACACCUACGCUGAUGGCUGUGGCGUGCAGCGAGAUCAGCUGUGGGCCUGACCUGGCACGGACAGAGGUAGAUUGUUGGUUACCAGCUCCUCACCGUGGCCUGUGCUCUCUGUUUCAGACUGAGAACAAGGGGAAGCCCCUGCUGGACCAUGAGGUGGCACCUGUGAAUGUUCCAGCUAUUGCUGCUGCCCAUGCUAUUAAGAGAUACGUUGCCCAGGCAGCGGAUGAACUCUCCUUUGAGGUGGGAGACAUCGUGUGUGUCAUCGACAUGCCACCAAAGGAGCUGACCCCCUGGUGGAGAGGCAAGCUCGGCUUCCAGGUAGGCACAAGCUUCAGACUGGAGAGUGCAACUUCAGUAAAGGCAGGAAUCUCAGCUUAGAGCUGCUCUGCCUGCACAGGAUGCCUAAUGGACAUAAACAGUUUCCCUGUGUUGGUGUCA